AUGAGCGUGUUGGCCACGCCGAUCACGCACAACACCGAUGUCGCGGCCACCCAAGCUGAGCUGGAGGCGCAGCGACAGACGCUGCUCACCGGCGCAGCGGAUAUCAUCCGAGCCCGGCAAGAGCUCAACCUAACCCUCCGUGAGUACAACGCUGCGCAUGGCUUUGCUUCAGUUAACACGAACCUAGCUAGAGUAGCGGGAAACCGGCUUAGAAGUCGAAACUUAGACCAGGAUCUGCGCCGGGAAGUUCUUUCCGUGGGUAUUCAUCGUGUACUCCAAUCACUGCCACCUAGUUACAAGAACUUUGUGAUGAACUACAACAUGCAGAACAUGAACAAGGAGUUACCUGAACUCUUCUCCAUGCUGAAAUCUGCUGAGGUGGAAAUACAGAAAGAGCACCAAGUGUUGAUGGUCAACAAGACCACCAGUUUCAAGAAGCAGGGCAAGCCUAAGAAGGGCAACUUCAAGAAGGGUAGCAAGAAAGUUGCUGCGCCUCCUGAGAAGCCUAAGGCUGGCCCUAAACCUGAUACUGAGUGUUAUUACUGCAAGGAGAAGGGGCACUGGAAGCGGAAUUGCCCCAAGUACAUGGCUGAUCUGAAGAGUGGCCUUGUCAAGAAAAAGAAAGGUAUAUUUGAUAUACAUGUUAUAGAUGUCUAUCUUACUGGUUCUCGUAGUAGUAAAUCCUUAUCAGUGACAAGCACAUUUUGCUCAUCGAUGACGAGCGAUGCGCACUGUCGCUAG